AUGAACCCAACAACUCAAAAGGCUGAACAACGCUUCAGAUCCAUCCCAUGGUGUGCAGCUCUUCUUGACCGGCCGGGCACUACCAUCUUCACCCCAAGUUGCCGCUUAGUGGAUGCUUCAGGGCUCCCUGCUUCGCAAGAUCAGAUUCUGCGGAAAUCGCUCAACAACUCAGAUGCAGUACCCCACUGCCUUGGGUUCUAUCAAGACCCUGCGGGCAGUUCCACACCAGGAUCCCCUGAACACCCAAGGUUGCUCAUCAACUCAUCGUCCACAAUUUUUGACCUGCAGCCUGGCGUCAACGGCUACCACGGUUCAACCCACGGCGGUUUCAUGGCCGUGCUCAUAGAUGAUUCAAUGGGCGGUCUGAUUUAUCAUAACUUCGUGCUCCAAAUGCAAAAGCAGCAAGAGCCCGGUUGGAACCCGCCACCAGGAACGCUGGACUUGAGCAAGAUUCAGUACUUCACUGCGGGCAUGAAUAUUCGCCUGGAGAAGCCUUUGAGAACUCCAGCUGUAGUUGUGGUGACAUCUACGUUGAACAGAGUCGAAGGUCGCAAGAUGUAUUUGGAUGUCGUGGUUGAGGAUGGCAAUGGCACAAAGUAUGCCACCUGUGAGGGUCUCUGGAUGUCGCUCCCUAACCAAAAGAUUUAA